AUGGGUGUGGGUCGUCGUAUGAAGAAGCAGGGGCCCCCGCCCCCGCUCGAUGAGUCCAAGAUCACCAUACUGAAGAAGCGCAAGGCCGCCGCCGCGCAGGCCGAGGCGAAGGCCGAGGCCGGUCAGAAGCGGAGAAGAGCCGCCGUUGAGGAGGAAGAGACUGUCAAGCCGGCGCUGAAGAAGAAGGCUAAGGCUGAGGUUAAUGGCAAGGCGGCGAAGGCCGAGCCCAAGGUCAAGGCUGCUGCGGCGCCCAAGGGAAAGGCGCCCAAGAAGGCGGCCGAGCCGAAGGCUAAGAUGGAUUUGAAGACGAACUUCAUGGGUUCCGAUGACGACGAGGAGAUGGGCGAGGAUGAGUUCGACGAUCUCGACGGUGUCAGCGACGGGUCGAUGGAUAGCCAGGAGGAUGGCGACAACGACUCGUUUGUGGAUUCGGACGAAGACGACCACCCUCGCGAGGCCAUGUUCUCCGACGACGAAGAUCUGUCCGACGCUGAAGAGAGGCUCACGGCCGCCAACAUCGAGGGUCUGUCGCACAAGUUGGAUCUCGAGAGACAGGAGGAGGAGGAAGAGGCCGAGCGCGAACUGCAGGAGGCCGCCCUCCAGACCAACAUCGCGGGCGACCGUCCCGAUGUCUUCGGGGACGCCGAGGCCCAGGCCGGUCUGGCUCCUGAUCUCCAGAUGCUCCGCACCAGAAUCACCGACACCAUCCGCAUCCUGGGCGACCUGAAGACCCUGGGCCAUCCGGGCAAGUCCCGUACCGACUACGUCGACCUGCUCCUCGCCGACAUCUGCACGUACUACGGAUACACGCCCUACCUCGCCGAGAAGCUCUUCAACCUCUUCACCCCCAUGGAGGCCUUCGCCUUCUUCGAGGCCAACGAAACCCCCCGUCCCGUCGUCAUCCGUACCAACACCCUGCGCACCAACCGUCGUUCCCUCGCCCAGGCCCUGAUCAACCGCGGUGUCGUGCUCGAGCCCGUCGGCAAAUGGUCCAAGGUCGGUCUGCAGGUCUUCGAGUCCGCUGUGCCCCUCGGUGCCACCCCGGAGUACCUGGCUGGCCACUACAUCCUGCAAGCCGCGUCGUCCUUCCUCCCCGUCAUGGCACUCGCCCCGCAACCCAACGAGCGCGUCCUCGAUAUGGCCUCCGCCCCCGGUGGUAAGACCACCUACAUCGCGGCGCUGAUGCGCAACACCGGCUGCGUGAUCGCCAACGAUGCCAGCAAGCCCCGUGCCAAGGGUCUGAUUGGUAACAUCCACCGUCUGGGCUGCAAGAACACCGUGGUGACCAACAUGGAUGCGCGCACGGCCUUCCCCAAGGCCAUGGGCGGAUUCGACCGCGUUCUUCUCGAUGCCCCCUGCACCGGUACCGGCGUUAUCUCCAAGGACCCGAGCGUCAAGACGUCCAAGAACGAGCGCGAUUUCCUCGCGAUCCCGCACAUGCAGCGCCAGCUGCUGCUCGCGGCCAUCGACUCCGUCGACCACAACUCCAAGACCGGCGGCUACGUGGUGUACUCGACCUGCAGUGUUACGGUUGAAGAAAACGAAGCGGUCGUGCAAUACGUGCUGCGCAAGCGCCCCAACGUCAAGCUCGUCGACACCGGACUCGGCGACUUCGGCAGCCCCGGUAUGACCAGCUACAUGGGCAAGCACUUCGAGCCCAAGAUGACAUUGACCCGUCGCUACUUCCCGCACCGCGAGAACGUCGACGGUUUCUUCGUCUGCAAGCUCAAGAAGACCGCCGCCUCCCCGACCCCCAAGCCCGGCACUGGCGUCGACGGCGGUGACGCCAUCCCCACCCCCCGCCACCGCAAGGGCUCCUCCAAGACCCCCUCCGUCGUGUCUGCCACCACCGACGAGGAGGAAGUCGACAAGACCCCCAUCACCGACGACGACGGCACCGGUGCCGGUUCCGAGGGCGGUAACUUCGGCCCCUUCGAGGAAGACCCCGCUGACGUGGAGCGCAUCGCCCGCGCCGAACGCAACCGUCUCCGUCGUAAGGGUCUGAACCCCAAGGGCAUCAAGCCUCCUAAGCCCAAGACAACGGAUACCCCUGCCGCUACCGAGGAGUCCUCCAAGCCCGAGGAGGAGAAAAAGGAGAAGGAGCAGAAGGAGGAGAAGAAGAAGACCGAGGCCUCCCCCAAGGCCAAGUCCGCCAAGAAGGACGACCAGUCCAAGCCCUCUCCCAAGGCUAAGAAGGAAGACCAGUCCAAGGCCAAGAAGGAAGCCUCCCCCAAGGCCAAGAAGGACUCCCAGCCCAAGGCCACCAAAGAAGAACCCACCACCACCACCACCACCACCACCACCACUACCACAUCCACCCCCACCACAAUCGAAACCAAACCCACCAAGAAUGUGUUUGUGUGUACGCUGGGAUUCGUGUGA